GUUUUUUUCCUAGUGCUGCGUUUGCUCCUACGAUGAUGAAUCUGAAGAUCAAAGGCAAGAAAACAUGUGCCAGCACUGCAAGGAUCGACGCUCCUGCGUGCACAACCUCGAGCAAGAUCUUGUAUCGUCAAGACCCAGCAUACAGGACGCCAUCGCCAAGAUCGAGAAGGUCCGCGAGCACGUCAACAACGUGGGGAAGCCAUUUGCCGAGAGACUGGAUCUAGUCAAGUGCCACUAUAUCUUAGGGAUGCAAGAGAUAGAUACCUCUGCUGUCGAAGAAGUGAAGCAGCUCCUGUCGGGCGGGGAGCUCGGGAGCUGCUACAACACCGAGGAAGGCACGCUCAACAUGUCUUUGCGGACAGAUAGUAUGCAACGAUAUGUGAUACGAGAUCUGAGGAUGAAGAGCCUGCCUCGCUGGAUCUCCAAGCUCGGCCUCGCUUUUAAAGUCAUCGACGUGUCCGGUAACCCCAGCUUCUCCCACCUUCCCUUGGACGAGCUCUGCAGCAUGGAGUCUAGCCUGCAGGAGGUCAAGUGUGAGGGCUGCGUCAGGCUGCAGCUGCCUCCCCCUGAGAUCGCCAGUCAGGGAGGG